AAUUAAUUAUUAAUUUUCUGUUUUUUCCCCUCGACUAACAAACCCUAGAAAUUGCCCCUUCUCUUUUGCCUUCGUCUCGCAGUUGAACUAAUCGUCCGAAUUGUAGCUUUAACGAGUCGCAAUGGCCAAGAGCUCCUUCAAGUUGGAACACCCACUCGAGAGGCGACAAGCAGAAGCUGCUAGAAUCCGAGAGAAGUACCCUGAUAGAAUCCCGGUUAUUGUGGAGAAGGCAGAAAGAAGUGAUAUACCAGAAAUUGACAAGAAGAAAUAUCUGGUUCCUGCUGAUCUGACCGUUGGACAAUUUGUCUAUGUUGUCCGAAAGAGGAUUAAGCUCGGUGCUGAGAAGGCAAUUUUUAUCUUCGUCAAGAACGUUCUUCCUCCAACUGCUGCUAUGAUGUCUACCAUUUACGAGGACAAUAAAGAUGAGGAUGGUUUCCUAUACAUGACUUACAGCGGGGAGAAUACAUUUGGAACAUACUGAUGAGGAAGUUGAGUUGAAACAUGUAUAAAUUCCCUUUAAUAAUCCUCUGGAUACUAUCGCUACUUUGUUUAUCGAAUGUUUAUAUUUUGCUACUUUUGUUAUGGAUGUUCUGCUUCCUUAUUUAUCUAUACAUUUGGAAGUUUAAGCU